AUCCCCAUUCACUCACACGCAGACCGACUGAUAAAUCUGAAACUCUCUCUACGCUGCUUCAAUGGCUCUCCCUCAGCAGCUCAUUUCGUCUCACAAACCCUCACUAAAGCCCUGUCCCUCAAUCCCUAACCGUAAGCCUUUCCUUUAUUCUUCGCCGCCAGGCCUCAAGCUCUGCCGCUGUAGGAGGGUCAAUUCUCUCCGUUGCUCCGAUUCUUCUUUCUCCGAGAAGCACCACACGAACUCUCCGAAAUCAGUCGACGGUGUUGAGCUUCCAUUGUUUCCGCUUCCUCUGGUGCUAUUUCCCGGUGCAAUACUUCCUCUGCAGAUUUUUGAGUUCAGGUAUCGGAUUAUGAUGCACACUCUGCUAGAGACUGACUUGCGGUUUGGUGUGAUAUACUCCGACUCCGUAUCAGGUACUGCCGAUGUCGGUUGCGUUGGGGAGAUUUUCAAGCACGAACGGCUCGCUGAAGACCGGUUCUUUCUCGUCUGUAAGGGGCAGGAGCGGUUUCGCGUGACGGAUUUGGUCCGUACAAAACCGUAUCUGGUGGCGGAGGUGACGUGGCUGGAGGACCGGCCAUCGGGAGACGAGGAUCUGGAAGGGUUGGCGAACGAAGCGGAGACAUACAUGAACGAUGUGAUUCGGUUGUCGAAUCGGCUGGACGGGAAGCCGGAGAAGGAGGCACAGGAUUUGCGGAAGAAUCUAUUCCCUACGCCCUUCUCGUUCUUUGUCGGGAGUACAUUCGAGGGCGCACCGAGGGAGCAGCAGGCACUGCUGGAAUUGGAGGACACAGCAGCGAGAUUGAAAAGGGAGAAGGAGACUUUGAGGAACACGCUUAACUACUUGAGCGCUGCCACUGCUGUUAAAGAUGUGUUUCCUUCUUCGUGAUAGAGAGGGGAGAUGUUUAAUGACUGAAAGACCAGGAGAGUGAAGUGGAGGUAUCCAAAUGCAACCCCCUUGCUCUUUGUUCGUUUUAUAUCAGAAACUGUAAAUUUUGAUAUGUGUAAUCUGUUUUGCUCUAUUCUAUAUAUCUUGUUACCUGGUAGUUUUUGUGAUUUUGCAACUGUUGCUCUUGAUAUACUGAAGAGAACUUGCACAUAA